AUGGCAACUUUAAAUGAAAAGAAGACCUGCAGUGAACGGAUGGAAAAUUUCCGCCGUUUUGUCUGGAAUCCAGAAACGAAGCUGUUUAUGGGAAGGACCUUGAUUAACUGGGUGUGGAUCAGCCUGUACUACCUGGCCUUCUACGUGGUGAUGACCGGGAUCUUUGCCCUCUCCAUAUACUCCCUAAUGAGGACGGUGAAUCCUUACGAGCCAGAUUACCAAGACCAGCUCAAGUCCCCAGGUGUAACAUUACGACCAGACGUGUAUGGGCACAGAGGGCUACAAAUCUACUACAACGCAUCUGACAACAAGACCUGGGAGGGGCUGGUGACAAUGCUCCAGACGUUUCUGACAGCAUAUAGCCCAGCUGCUCAGCAUCUGAACAUCAACUGCACAAGCAACACAUACUUCAUCCAGAACACCUUUGAUGGUCCAAAUAACACAAAACUGUCCUGCAAGUUUACAUCAGAUAUGCUUCAAAACUGCUCUGGCAUCACAGAUCCUACUUUUGGAUUUCCAGAAGGAAAACCCUGCUUUAUUGUAAAGAUGAACAGGAUUAUCAAAUUUUAUCCUGGCAACGGCACAGCACCGAGAGUGGACUGCACCUACGGUGACGAGUCCCGCCCGCUGGAGGUAGAAUACUACCCGGUGAAUGGCACCUUCAACCUGCACUACUUCCCCUACUAUGGAAAGAAAGCACAGCCCACUUACAGUAAUCCUUUGGUAGCGGUGAAAUUUCUCAACAUUACAAAGAAUGUAGAAGUCAAGAUAGUGUGCAAAAUCAUUGGAGCCGGGAUUACCUUUGAUAACGUUCAUGACCCCUAUGAAGGCAAAGUGGAAUUUAAAUUGAAAAUAGAGGACUGAGCAGCGAGAGACACUUCUGAAAAGCUGAUGUGAAGAAUGACUUACCUGUUGUCACAUAGACUGAUAUUUAUUUCCUAUGAUUGCCAUAUGAAUGUACUCAAAUUACAGUGAGUAGACAGUUUCUACUGAGAGGUAACCCAUACAACUAAAAACCAGUACAUCACUCAGCGUACAAAAGAGAUGGGAAUUAUCCCCAAUGUACACAGCCUAGUGUUCUGUGGCUACACUGUGCUUAAACCUCUAUGCAAAUCCUUGUACAAAACAUGUGUCUUCUAACCCAAGCAGGUGUGCUUUCCAAGAAGAGGAA